AUGACUUCGAGUAUGAUUUGUGGGUUAAUUUCAAGUGAGGUUCGUAAUAAGGCUUUGACAUCAGUUAGUGAGGUGGUUUGUGAUUUCAAGGACUAUUAUGGAGCAGAAAUUUCUUAUCGGCGAGCUUGGAUAGGUGUUGAAAAAAUAAGGAAUGUUGUUUUUGGUGACUAUUCAUCUUUAUUUGACAAUCUUCGUUGGUAUGUUGAUGUUGCUAAUAAUUGUAAUUCGGGGAAUGUUUUUUAUAUGAAAUUUGAUAUUGAUAGUAAAAGAAGACAUUUCAAAUGCUUGUUUUUCGCUUUUGAGGCAUGUAUUCAUGGUUUCAAGUAUUGUCGGCCUGUGUUGAUACUUGAUGAAACUUUCUUCAAAGGAAGACACAAAGGUUGUUUAUUGGCUGCUACGGCAAAAGACAGUAACCAAGGUUUAUAUCCGUUAUGUUUUGCCAUUGUUGAUAGUGAACGUUAUGACAAUUGGCAUUGGUUCUUAUCAAAAUUAUUUGUUAUUUUGACUCUGGGAAGGGAUAUUGCGUUUGUUACUGAUCGGCAUGGAGGUUUGCUGAAAGCUUUAGCUGAGGUCUUUCUGUUUUCUUCUCAUUCUUUUUGUCUAAUGCAUUUGAAGACAAACUCGAAGACUUAUUUGUCAAUGAAUAGUCGCGAAUCUAAACAGUAUUUGCUCACUCUUUUUAGUAGAUGUGCAUAUGCUCCUACUAUUGAGUUGUUUAAUGAGCUAUUUGAAGAAUUUAAGAGUCGUUGUGGUCAUAGUGUUCAGAAGUUUCUUGAGGAUUUGCUUAAUGAGUGUUGGUGUAACGCUUAUUUUCAAGGCAAGACGUAUGAUGAAAUGUGCACAAAUGCUGCGGAAUCUUUUAAUUCAUGGAUUAGGGAUAAGCGCCAUUUGUUUUCAACUAAUCUUGUUGAUGCUAUACGGGUGAAACUAAUGGAGCAAUUUUUAAAAAUGAGAGAAGUUGGAAAUAAGUGGAAUCGAUUUAUAAUGAUGGAAAAUUGUUUGUUUCUUAUGUGCAAGUUUAGAGGUGUGACAUUGGUUAUCAAGUAUAAUGAUGGGUUUAAAUUCAAGGAUUUAGUAUAUAAAUUGUGUGCAAAGCGGAGUGAGUUAGUUGGUAGUUCUUUGAAUAUAUCGUAUUCAAUGCCUGGACAUUCUUGUUAUGGUCUACAAAGUGAAGAGGAUUUGGAGGUUAUGGUUGGACUCGCACUUUCUUGUGAUAUUCAUCGUAUUGAUGUUUUGGUUAAGUGUUGUUCUUUGAGUGAAGGUUAUAUGAUUUUUGAUGGUGGAACUGGUAGUAGUAGUAGUGUUAUCUUCUUUUCGUACAAUUAA